UUACAGAUUAAUGCGCCCACAGCGACAAGAUGAGACCUAAAGGUACACUCGUGUACUCCGUGCUGGUACUAUUGAUACUAGUGCCAGUAUUCUGUGAGGAGAGCGAGGAACAUGUCGGUGACGACAGUUCGGAUGGGCAUGAUGACAGUGGCGAAAGUUCGGAUGAACAUGACAGCGGCGAGAGCAGUUCAGAAGAAAACCGCUUGGGGGCGUUGGUGAUAUGGGCGGAGCAAAAGAUCGGCCAGGGCGGCCCGUGGUUCUAUGGACCUACCAUCAUCUCCUCGUCCCUACGGUCGCUACCAGCAGGGUCGGAUGGUGCAAACACGGACCCCGACGAACUUCUGACGCUCACUCCGCCAAGGUCCAUUCGUGUAGUGACAGGGAACCACAACCAGAGUGUGGUGUUGUGGAGUGAAGUGGCACAGAAUAUCGCCAAGACGACCAUGGAGGAGACGGGUCGCCUUACGUCCCCUACCCGGGUGUUUGUAACGGGCACGUCCGGCCGUGUAGGCGGGCUGGCGGUGGACUGGCUGUCCGGGAACAUCUACUGGUGUGACGCCUCCUACAACAGCAUCCUGGCGGCCACGUCUGACGGCACCAGGCGGAGGGUACUGGUACAAACAGGCGCGUACAGCUCUCCGUCUGGACUAGCCCUACAUCCAGAGAAAGGACUGAUGUUCUGGGCCUCCCAAGGCUACCCGGGUAUCGGCGGGAAGAUCGAGCGGGCCACCAUGACAGGACAGGGCCGGGUAGCUCUGGCACACCGCGGGCUGGUGGACCCACGGGGACUGGCACUGGACUACGCAGACGACAGACUGUACUGGGCAGACGUCAUUACAGGGAAGAUAGAGUCAGUCACCCUGGAGGGUGGAGACAGGACACUACUACUAUCUGCACCAGGAACUAGCAUCAAGGGACUCGCCAUGUACCAGGAUUACCUGUACUACACAGACUGGGUGGGCCGUAAGGUCCACUGUGUGGGGAAGUCUAAUGGAAGAGAAGUGUUUGCUGUAACUGCAAAGACAAGUGCAAGGCCUGUCGGGAUUACGGUGUACAACAGCACCAAUCAGAUUGCACCUUCAAACAGAGUGUCCUGUAUCCAUGGUAACCACAGUUGCGCCCAUCUGUGCCUGACGACAUCUGCUGGUUACGAGUGUGCCUGUGCUGACGGUUAUGAACUUAAGCAGGACAACCACACCUGUAGGCCAGUGGAGAAGCCAGGAGACUGCCCUGACCAGAGGACCCUGUGGCCAGUAUGUAGUGACCAGUGCCAGACAGACGGACACUGUUCACAUGACCGCAAGUGUUGCUUUAAUGGCUGUGGUCAUACCUGUGCAGAACCAGACAUUAACCCCUGCGGUAGUGACCACAACCCCUGUGUGUCGGAGGCUCGGUGUGAGGACCACUCCUGGCUGGGGGCGGUGUGCAUCUGUCCCGAGAGACAGGAGGGGGACGGGAGGACCCAGGGGACAGGCUGCCAAGAACCCCGCUGUCCUGCCCUGACAUCUUGCACCAAGUUCUGUCCACUCGGCUUCCGGCUGGAUGAUGAAAGGUGUCCCAUUUGUGAAUGCAGGGGAAGUGACAAGCCAGGCCAGUGCCCUGCGCCAGAUGAUGAUGAUGAUGAUGACACAGGACCAUGUUGGUGCCACUGCACCUCCGACCACCAUUGCCAUGGUAACCAGAAGUGCUGCAGUGUGGGCUGCAGUCUGCAGUGUGUGGACCCUGUGACAGACAGUGACAGCAGUGAGGAUGUCUGCUCAUCGGAUGAUUCGUGCGUUGUCAUGGCAACCUGUGGUGAUGCUGGCUGUCAGUGUGAGCCUGGUUACCGUGGUGACGGGAGACGGGAUGGUAGUGGAUGUACAGACAUCAAUGAGUGUACUGAAGAUGCUACACUAUGUGAUGACAAUGCCAUCUGUACCAACACCAAUGGGUCGUACCAAUGCACCUGUAGGGAGGGCUUUGCAGGCAACGGAGUCACCUGCUCAGAUGUUGAUGAGUGUUGGUAUGGGUCAUCAGACUGCCAUGACCACGCCCACUGUCACAACCAGCCUGGGUCCUACUUCUGCACCUGUGCAGCUGGGUACGAGGGAGAUGGCAGGACUUGUGAAGAUACUGAUGGUUGUCUGGAGGGUAUAUGUGAGCUGGAGGCUGUCUGCACAGAUGUGCCUGCCCCAGGGGUGGGGGCUGUGUGCACCUGCCCCCCAGGGAUGGACGGAGACGGCAGGCAGGAUGGAACAGGUUGUUCUGAGGAAGAUGGCUGUGGUAUGGAGAGGAGCCCCUGUGUGGAUGACGCCUGGUGUGAGGAUGUGCCUGCCCCAGGGGUGGGGGCUGUGUGCCACUGUCCCCCUGGGGCAGAGGGGGAUGGGAGAAGGGAGGGGUCCGGUUGCUCAGACAUCAGCACCUGCAGCUCUGUACACAACCCCUGUGUGUCCAAUGCCACCUGUAAUGACCAGGUGAGCCCACCUGUGUGCACCUGUCCACCUGGCUGGCAGGGAGAUGGUAGGAGAGACGGAUUCGGUUGUGAAGACGAGGAUGAGUGUGCAGAUGACACCUCCAUGUGUGAGCAGACCUGCACGAACACACCUGGCAGCUUCAGCUGCGCAUGUCAACAAGGUUUCCUACUGAACAAUGACGGGCGGACAUGCCAGGAUGUGGACGAGUGCACCGUGGACAACGGGGGGUGUCAGCAUCUCUGUGAGAAUGAUUACGGAAGUUUCUACUGUGAGUGCAGGGAUGGUUUUCAACUGGCAAGUGACAGGAAAUCAUGCACAGAUAUAAAUGAGUGCCAAGAGGACCACUCCUGUAGCCAGGUGUGUAACAACACAGCCGGGUCCUACUUCUGUUCCUGUUGGGAAGGGUUCAUCCUGGAUGAGGAUGGCUGGACUUGUAGAGCGGAGAACCCGUGUGCGGAUGAAGCCGCAGCAGGCUGUGAUGAUAUGAACGGUUGGUGCAGGACUGUGGAGGGACAGGCUGUGUCUGGCUGUAACACUGGGUUUAUACUGACUCAGGAUGGGAGAACUUGUCAAGAUGAUGAGAUGAACGGUUGGUGCAGGAGUGUAGAGGGACAGGCUGUGUGUGGCUGUAACACUGGGUUUAUACUGACUCAGGAUGGGAGAACUUGUCAAGAUGUUGAUGAGUGUGCUGAUGACAACCAUUGCCAUGGCAAUGCCACCUGCAUCAACUUCCCCGGCUCUUACACCUGUACCUGUGAUGAUGGUUACCAGGGCGAUGGAAACACCUGCUCUGAUAUUAAUGAGUGCACAGAGGACCUGUACAUCUGUGACCCCCUGAGAUCAACCUGUGUGAACCUACCUGGAUCAUUCCGCUGUGACUGUCUGCCAGGGUUUGUGUUAGGAGAUGGGGGUAAUGUCUGUCAAGAUAUUGAUGAGUGCAUGUCAGACACCCACAACUGUGACCAGAAUGCAGACUGUGAGGACACGGAGGGCAGUUAUGUGUGUCGGUGUGCAGUAGGGUUCACUGGAGAUGGUACAACUUGUACAGACAUUGAUGGCUGCAGUGUUGACCACAACCCUUGUGUGCCAGAGGCCACCUGUGCAGACAUACCUGCCCCAGGGGUGGGGGCUAUAUGCACCUGUCCCCUGGGGAGGGAUGGGGAUGGGUACGUGGAUGGGGAAGGAUGCAGAGUGGUGCCCCAGUGCAGUCCAGAUGUCAGCCCCUGUGCUCCUGAAGCUCGGUGUACAGAGCCCCCCACCCCAGGGGGACAAGCUUCCUGUGCCUGCCCCACGGGGUGGGUAGGGGAUGGGAGAGUGGAUGGACAGGGAUGCCAGGACAUCAAUGAGUGCCUGUUUGACACACAUGGCUGCUCUCACACCUGUGUAAACACACGGGGCAGCUACUCCUGUGCCUGUCCUGAGGGGUACCUGCUUGGGGAGGACAGACGGACAUGUGUGAACGUUAACGAGUGUCAGGAUGACAAUGGAAUGUGCGCACAGGUGUGCGUGGACACAGAGGGAAGCUACAGGUGUUCAUGUCACCCUGGGUACAAGCUGGAGGAUGAAUUCAUGUGCACAGAUGUCAAUGAGUGUGCUGAGGGCAGAGACAGUUGCCAUGCCAACGCAGAGUGUGUAAACAAUGAAGGGUCCCACGACUGCUACUGUCGGACUGGGUUUGAAGGGGAUGGACGCACCUGCACUGACCAGGAUGAAUGUGCAACAGCCGACUGUCAGCAGCUCUGCACCAACACACCUGGCAGCUUCAUGUGUGGCUGUCAGGAGGGGUACCUCCUAUUGGACGACAAGAGGUCAUGUGACAACAUUGACGAGUGCUCAUUGGACGACCAUGGAGGGUGCAGGCACAUCUGUAGAGACACAGAAGGCAGCUACUACUGCGAGUGUGAGCCAGGAUUUACUCUGGCACCAGAUGGAAAAUCUUGCUACAGAGACAAUAUCAUAACAGCCAACCAGGGAGGAGAUGGGGAGACUGCAGUUCCAUCAGAGAACACAGGGGGCGCUCCUGUUCCCAUGGCUGUGGGGCUGUCCAUUGCUGCAAUACUGCUGGUCCUCCUGGUCUUGGCUUUUGUCAAGUGUCGACCCAGGAUCAACCAGUCUACAGCUGGCCUACAGAAGACUCUGCCAUCAGUGUUCUUCAAAAAGCCUCUGAAAGAACCGGACCACAUCUACGACAACCCAAAGUUUCUUCCUGAAGAGACAGCCAUCAACAAGAAGUCCAUCAGUGAGAAACAGAUCCACGUCAUCCUGCCGCAACAGCCGGCCUUCCCACCCCCUCCACCUCCUCCUCUGAUUGGUCAGAGCAGCAGGCGUACCAGUAGGAGGUCCCCAGCUGUAUCACCUGCGCAGCCGCCUACAGCACCUGGCAGCCGCCGAGCCCCGCGGAAGGCGAGAGCAGAGAAUCCAUACGUCCUUGACCCAACGCGACACAUCCAGCACAACCACCAGGCUGUUGACCCACCAGGUCAGGGGGCAGAGGUCAACGACUAUGGCACCUUCCCAGGGCAAAGGCCAGAGGUCAACAAUGAUGACACCAUCAGUGAGCACAUCUAUGAGACCCUUGAUCACCAUGAUGUCCCUGUCUCAAUGAUUUAGAUGUACCAUUAAGAAAAGGGAGAUGCAAUUUGCAUGAUGCUAAAUGGAGAUUGGUACAUAGAUUUGAUUGAACUAAGGCAAUGUAAAUUGCA